CUCUUUAUUUUCUGGACCUUCCCAUGUAAUUUCCGGGAAAGAGAAGCCUCUCAAACAUCUCACCCAACUAUAACAUACAGAGCAAACUUCGAUCAUGCCGGUAAGCAACAACAUAAAUUUUCUCUUAUCUGUACACCUUAAUUUGUUGCCAUCCACAGCCACCCCUCUUUCCUCGAAAUCUUCCUCAUUUUCUCUAUUAAUUCACUCAAUUUCCCUUCUAAUAUAUAAACCACCCACCCUAGGUCACUUUUUCACAUAUAAAAUAUUCGAAAUUCCAAUCAGAGUCACCCUCGACAAACUAUAGGAUAAUAAACCCUAGCCGUAGUUUCAUUUCCAUCAAAUUUUCACUUUGGAAUCUAUUAAAUCAAAUGGCUUGUCGAAAUGGGGUUAUUGUGUUUGAAGAUUUCUUUCCAGCAAUGGUUGAGAAACUGGGAGCAGAAGGGUUUAUGGAGGAGCUGUCGAAAGGGUUUCGGUUGCUGACGGACGGAGAGAAGGGCGUGAUCACGUUUGAGAGCUUGAAGAAGAACUCGGUGUUGCUUGGAUUGCAAGGCAUGAGCGAUGAGGAGAUCAUGUGCAUGCUCAAGGAAGGUGAUUUGGACGGUGAUGGCACCUUGGAUGAGAUGGAAUUUUGCACCCUCAUGUUCAGAUUGAGCCCUGCCAUAAUGCAAAGUUCUGAAGAAUUAUUGGUGGAAGCUUUAGAUAUGUAAUGAAAUGUAGGAUCUCGAGAAUUUCAUGUUCUUUAAUUUCUUUGGUGUUCAUCUAGUUUUGUAAUUUCGGGUAGCUUAAAUAAUAGAAGAGACUACUCUUCUUUGCAUUAUUUGCUUUUUUUUAUUCGAAAAACAAUUUUGACACUC